GAGAUUGGAUCUUUGUUUGCAAGAGUUCUCUUCACCUUUUUCUGCAGAAAUCGGCGGCGAGGACGUCCUCAGAUUACCGAAAAGAUGAGCGCUAGCGUCGAAGAAGAAGUUCAGCGUCCUCUUGAGGAGUUAGAAGAGCAAUCCGAGCGAGCAGUUGGAGUUACCUUGGAAGAUACGACCGCGAGCGCAGGUAAAAGUGCUGUCGAUGGUGAAGAUAAAGAGACAGACGAACCACCAAAGAAAAAGUCGAAGAAAAGCCCUGCAAAGAAAGCGUUGAUUGCAGAACCUACGAGUACAAGCAACGAUAAAUAUCCCUUUGCCCGUUCGCGUGGAAUAAGAAUAUUCAGCGAUCGAGAGAUUGAAUCACAGGAUGCAGAGAUGACCAAAGAGUACUGGCGUUUUUGGAAUGACACGGCUGAAGAAUUGUGUAGCGACAGAGCUUACAACGACUGGGGCAAGCGCGAUCUUAAGCUUUAUAUCGAUGCUGCCUGGAUUAUUCAUAAGACAUACUUGCAAGAAUUACGAGAACGAGAGCUGGCGGGAAUGUUGAAAGAGCUGCAGGAGAAACACGGAUAUGUGGAGUUGCCGCCGAAACUGAAAACCCAGGAUCAAGCUGUUACUAGCGCACUCUCAAAGUUGCAAGAUUCCACAGCAAACCUGAAUGAGCUGAACCUGGAAUUGUCACGCACAAGAGGCAAAGCCAUGAAUCUCAAACAACGAGCAGUGGAUGAUUCAUUCCCUGCCAAACAGAAAGAUGAAGAAACAAGAGUGAUGAGUAAACAAAUCAGUGAGCUUGAGAAAAAUCUCUAUGAAGGAAUGUCUGAAGUAAAGAAUGAUCAAGAUUCCAUGAAGAAAGCUCUUAACAGACAGAAAACAUUGCUUUUUAAAGCACGCCAGGAUCAUCCUGUACUUGGAGACAGUUAAAAAAUACAUGAGACCAUUUACAGACAAAGUGAACAAAAAAAUCUAAGUUUUUAUUUGGUAGACAAAAGUAUUGCCAUGUCACUUAUUUGCCAGUAACCAUUUUCCAUAAUCUUGGACCUUAUUUUUAGAGCAAGGAUUUUUGUCUUGUUUUAUGAAGAACCUCUUACAUAAGUUAUUGAUGUACAUGUUCACCUCUUGAGAAAGUAUAACCGAUUGAUGGAUAAGAGUCAUUCCUCAUGAAUUUCAUUUUGCUUUUAUCACUAGCAUUAUGUUUAUAGAAUAUGGACCAAGAAACUGCAGUGAAUGUCAAGAUCAAAUGUUAAUUGUGAAGCUGGUCCUCUUUGUUGAAAAUGUCUAAUUGAUGUUGAAAUGAAUUACAGAGCCAAGAAAUAUGUAUAGUGAGAAACUAAUUUUUGAUCUGACUGUGAUCAAUUCUAGUGGGUCCCACUUCCAUGUUUACUGUUUUUCUCUAUCUUUUGAUUCUUAGAAAUUAUGCUGGAUCAUUGCAAGCCAACCAAUUGAACCAUUUACAAUUAAACACCCUCAUGCUUAUUCUCCAUAAUGUUCUCUGGGCAUUUCCUGAGGUGCUGACAAUGAGAAUUUGAUUAACAAUCAAGAGCUUCUUUAUCAGUGAUCAUUUCCUCUCUUCUCAUGAGCUUAAUGUUUGAAUCAGGGGUGAUAUUGUAAGGAGAAACUAGAUGCUGGUCACUUGAAGAAGACAAAGGAUUGAGGCCCAGAUAUUAAUAUACAUACAUACUUUAGGAGGGUAGUAUGCAUGAAAAUGAAAUUUGUAUAACUCUUAUCCUUUGCAAGGAACUUAAAACAAACAAUGUAACAAUCAUA